UCAGUCAACUCAAUGAAACGAAACGAGACAAGACAUACAGUCGCGUAAAUUUGUUUGCUUGCAGUGUAAGCAGUACUCGCCGUAGUUUCUUUGUAUUCAAUAGCAGAUGUUGAGCAAAUUUCUAGCUCGUGUGAAUUGUGAGGAAUAUUUUGAUGCCAUGCGCUUGGGACACUUUCAAAGGAGUCGUCUCCGUUCAUCAUAACGCUUGGCGAGAAUGGCCGCUUCUGCUACUGAGAUCGAAGAAUUCUUAAGCGGCCCCCUUGUUUCUUGGUUAAAAUCAUGCCUACCAAGUCCAGAAUGCAUAAAAGAGUACUCGGCUCUCUUCAGCGGGGAGCUCCUCCAGCAAGUUUACCUCCUGAUAGACCCAGAGCCUUCCUUCCAUAUCACAAAACUAGCUGGUCUAGAAGACCAGGCAUUAAUAUUAGGGAGAGUUAAGAACUUUGAUGCUAUCAUCAAAAAUGUAAAGGGUUUGUAUGAAGAAGAACUCGGGAUGACACUCCUAGUGGUCCCAGAAUGUAUUUGUUUGGGGAAAACACCAGAAUCCAGAGAAGGAUUGGAGAACAUGAAACUGUUGAUAUUGUUGUUGCUUGGGGCUGCUGUUCAGUGUCCUAAUAAGGAGACAUUCAUCACUAGGAUUAAAGAAUUAGAUGUGGAACUACAACAUAACAUUGUGGAAUGCAUCAAACAGGUUACCGAUAUGCAAACAGUUGUAUUAACGCCAGACGCAGUAGAUCUCUUUCAAUCACCUGCAAUGUUUAAUCACAUGAGGAGACUAGCUAAAGAAAGAGAUCAUUACUUACAAAACUGGGCCACACUAAUGCUCAACGAGGGGUUGUAUGAAACGGAAAAUGAAAAUAAGAAUAGUACAGCCAGAUCAACACAAAACGUCAAUCAGAGUAAUGGGGAAAGCCAGCAUUUGGCUGUAGAGCUUGCAGAUUGGAAGGCACGAUUGAGAAAGCAGAGACAAGAAUUAGAAGAAAAAUCAGAACAACUGUCAGAGUGCCGCGAAGAAUUAGAGCACACAAAACUAGUUCUCACGAAGUUACGGACGGACAGCCAGGAGUGGUUUAAUGAAGCCAGGAAAGCAGUUGGGUAUAGGGAUGAGGUUGAUGCGUUGAGAGAGAAGGCGGAACGAUGUGAUAGGCUAGAACAAGACAUCCAGAGGUACCGCGAUCGCCUCGCUGACGCAGAGUAUUACAAGACCAGAGUAGCAGAGCUACGAGAGGACAACAAGGCGUUGAUGGAAACCAGGGAUGCGUUAGAAGAACAGCUACAAAGGGCCAGGAAACGGGCGGAGCAAUGUUUAACGUUAGAAGCCGCAAUGAUCAAGUUAAAGAGAGAAGCCAAUGACAUAGCUCUGGAAAGAGAUGCUGAUCAACAAAAGAUCCAAGAAUUAAUAGAAGAAAAUAAUCAUUUACAGUAUAUAACGAAAUCUGUACUGAGUGAAAGUAAUAAUAGCAAUUUAGACACAGACAACGAAUGCGAAAGUACCUUAGAAUCUGGUGAAAAUAGUUUAUCGGAACAAUUAACAAGCAAUGCACAAGCGAGAGCUUUAAAACUAGAACUAGAAAAUAAAAGACUCCUCUCUACAAUUGAUAGUCUGAGAGAACAAUCUUUACUAGAAAGUAGUGAUAAAGUUUUAGAUCUAGAAAAAGAAAAGAAAAGGUUAACACUAAAAUGUGAACAAUUACAAGAAAACUGCAAUAGAGUGAUGCAACAAAAUUCGGAACUUGAAGACGUUUUCAAAAAUGCAUUGGAAGAAAACCGAAAGUUGCAAGAUUCAUUAGAUAGUCAGAAGUCACUUAUAGACCGGCAGUCAAUAGAUCGUGAAUCUGAGAAAAAUAAACUCCAAGAUUUUGAAAAACACUUAGAAUCUUUGACAAAGGACAAACAACGCAUUCAAAUGCUUUGUGAUUCCAUACAGAGGAGAGCUGAUGAUUUAGAGAAAACUUUGGAUGCCAAAACUAAAGAAUUAAAUAUGCUAAAACCAGAAGCAAACAAAGUUACCGGGUUAAUUAUACAGAUGGAGGAACUUAAAACAAGGCUAACAUAUAGUGAAAAAGAAGCACAUAAUCUGCAGAGAGAAGUUGGUAAACUAAGAGAAGCAGUUGAGGAAAAAGAUGUUUUAUUAGACAAGCUUACUACCGAAAUAGAAUUGAAGAAGAAAGAAAUUGAAAGAUUAACUCGCGAAGUUGAAGUCAGUCAGACCAUGUUGCAUAAACUACAGGAUCUGGAGCAGAAAACACAAGAGUUAAAGUCUCAGAAGAAAGUAGAUAGUGAGACUAUUCAGACUUUACAAAAAGAUUUGAUAACAGAAAAAGUCAACUUUGAUAAAGUUAGGAAUUGUAUUGAAAAACUUGGCAUUCAUGUUUCUGAAAUUAUAUCUAAAGAUGUGAAUGUAGAGUACAUGCUGGAAAAAAUAAUGACAAAUUCAGAUCAUGAAGCAAUGAUAUCAGAUAUAGCGGCAAAAAUAAAUCUGACAAAGUUAGUUCCAUGUGAUUGUAUUGUGACGGAAAAGAAAGAACCUGAAGAGGAUGUUAUCAAUCCUCAAAUAGAACAAUUGACUUCGGAUCUUGCAGUCUUGCAGGCUUCUCUCGAAAGCUGCCAAGCCGAAAAUGCCAAAUUACAAGUAAAUAUCGCAACACUAAACUCACAGAAUGGCUCAUUAAUUUCACAGCAAAUGACGUUACAACUGGCAAAUAGCCAGCUGGCUGCUGAAAAAGAAGAGAUAUUAAAGCAACUAGAAGUGCUUAAAGAUAAACAAGACAAUUUGUUGAGAGAUCAGGUUGCUUUACAAACUCUUCAUGAGCAAUUGAACACAGAAUAUGAGAUGCUGCUCAGUGAAAGAGAACCUGUUAAAGUCUCUUUGAGAGAUCUUAAGAUUGAGAAUCGGGAAUUAAAAGAAAAAUUAGCAAGCUGCGAAAAAAAAGCGGCGGAAUAUGACACGGAAAGAGACAAUUUGAAGAUAGAAUCAAGAAACUUAGUCAAUCUUAGAGCUGAACAUUCUAAAUUGAAAGACGAUUUCAGAAAUCUGUUUACAGCUAGUGACAGACUAAAGAAUGAAUAUAGAAACAUGCAAGAGGAAUAUAGAAGUCUUAGAAGUGAAGUAACUCAACUAAAGUUAAGAAACACUGAGAUAUCAGGAGAAAUAAACACAAAAGUUGAAGUGAUUACGAGUAUGGAGUUGGAGAUAAACAAAACUAAUCAGCAUUGCGAAAUGCUUGUCCAAAUGAAUAAAAGCUUAGACGCUGACAGGCGAUCAUUAAUGGAUCAUGUAUCACAACUCCUUACACAAUAUCAUGAACUAUUAGCACAUUCUUUGAAAGACAAACAACAUUAUCAUGAAGAAGAGAAGAUGUUUGCGGACAAAGUUAAUGCCUUGUGCCGUCAGAAAGAGAAAUUAGAAGAAAAAAUAAUGGAGCAUUAUAAAAAACUCGAUAACUGUACAACGAAACGACGAGGUUUCGGGGCGUCAUUUGUUAAAAGAGUUAGAAAAGCUGGCACAGAUUUGAUCAAUAAAGUUCCCUCCAGAAACACAAAGCGGUUUGAGGACGCCAGCCGCUCCAAGUCCCAGUUGACACUAGCCGGUUCAGAAUCUGGUGAAUCAGACCCAGGAAGCCAAGAUAUGGAGAAGAUGUCUAAAAGCUCGGAACAAGAUCAAGGGUCAUCUAACCCCAGUGGAGAAUCACCAAGAAAUAGCGCAGAUUUUUCCUUCGGCAGGAGAUUUGAUGAUAAAUUUCUAAAGAGGCCGGACUUUGAUACGUCUGGGUCUAUACCCAGUUUGGAUUCCACUAGGUUAAAUGAAGGGAAUUUUGUGAGAAGGCUUUCGACGGCAUCGAUACAUAGUGGCGGAGGGGACGACGCUCUGAUACGGGCUUCGUUGAGGAGGAGGCCACAUAAAGCUGUGCCACCUUCUCAUAGGAACAGCUAUCAGGGACUUGAAGGGGACACAGGAUUGCCAGCAGUAUCGACUCCUUCUCCAGUGUUCGGCACGGCGGGGUCGCGGCGCACGGUGUACGUGGCGGACGACAACCCGGACGUCACCCUCAACACCAGACCGCAAAGCACGCCCCUGAAGGAAAACCCAAACCCCACUUACCUGGUUUACAACAGAAUAUCCACCGUCAUUGGAGACAACGCGUGUCAAAGCAUAGACAGGUCGAGCGACCUCCAACAGUCCAUGACUGAACAGACUCUGUCAGAGAAUAAUUUACAUGAAAAGGAGGAGCCAAGACAUGACAGAAGACCGAGUCGCAAUGAGAAACCGGAGAACGCUAAAGAGUCUGCGAUUUGGUAUGAAUAUGGAUGUGUGUGAGUAUGUGUGUUAGUAAAGUGUUUGACCAGGAAAGAGACUGAUGAGAUGCCUUGUAAUUCGUCCUUAUUAUUUUUCUUUUAAGGGCCUGUUUCACAAUGUCCAAGUAAAGUAUUGGAUAGCUAAUUAACAAAUAAAUUAACUGCCAGAUAAAAUUUCCUACAAAAAAAGCACUAUCCAACAGAUAAAGCUUAUUUGGAGAUUGUGAAACGCCAACGAUGACUUUAUUCGUCAGAUAAGUGGCAAGUAGCUUAUUCAGGACUUUACUUGGACAUUGUGAAACAGGCCCUAAAUGUUUAUUGUGAUUGGCAGCUUUCAACCAGUGAUAUACGACAAAUCACACGAAUUUGUUUUACAGUAUUAUUCAGCAUUUAAUUUUUACAUAUUUGUUUAUACUCAUUUCAACUAAAAUGUGAUCAGUGUGAACGACUUAAGACAAUACUUAGGAUUGGUACGAUAAAAUAAGAGGCUAGGGGUUUCAAUAUUACCUAAAAGGAAAUAUUUCUUAGGUUACAAAAUACUUGUAUACCUGUACUUGGUUAGUAAAUGUCCUAAAGAACCAAUUGGACUGACUACCAAAAACGACUCUUUUCAUAAACAAUUCAUAAUAAUGUGUUGUUCAUCGGUAACAAACCUUGCCAGAAUUUCUGUGAAUUAUGUUUAGUAGUUAUAAAAAUACUUUGACUGGAAAUCAGCCUAAUUCAUAAUUUUCUAAUCAGUACUAAGCAUAUUUUUUGAUAAUUUCCCUUAUUUAGCUUUAGGUAUGUGAUAUUUUACAUUAUGAAUUAAUAUUUCUUAGUUGAUAUUAUUUAUGAUAUUGUAAAUCCUGUACUGUUUCAAUUUGCAUAGCAAAACCUAAUGGUAAUAGGUAUUUUACCCAGUUGUGGUACCUAAAAGAUAAUAAUGUAAUUAGCGUAUUGUAUGUAUUUUAUUACAUAUACUUGACUGCUUCCUUCUCCUUUAGAGGGCCUUCCUAUCACCAUUAGAAUAACAUAUUUAUAUUAAGUUCAGUGCCUCAUAUGCAACUGCCAAAGUAUGUCACUUUAUAUACAUAUGUUGUUUAUAAAUUAUAUAGCUUGAUUGUAAUGAAUACUUCGGUAGUCCAAAGAGGAAUCAAACACACAAAAAAACUAUUUAUACAUGUGAAAAAUAAUCAACUGAAUAAUUAUUUAUGACAAAUGAGAAACUUCCAUAAUAAUGCAAUGAAAUAAUAAUUUACCUUACUUCAGUACAAAGUUUGAUUUAUGUGGAGACAAUGACAAUGUAAAUUGACGUAAUAAAUAUGUAGAUUAAGUUAUUCUAAUAUAAUUUGUAGGUUUUAUCUUAGUAUAAUAAUUAUAUUAUUUAGGGCACCAGUAAAAUACAAUUAUUAUUUUAAAAGCUAAAAUGUGCACUGACAGCUCUUAAUAGUAAAUGUGGUAUUUACAAUAGAAAGUACUACUUUAUCCUUAGCCAAAAUUGUCCUUAUGGCAUUUGCAAAAUACAGUACGUACAGUGUUUAUAUCAAUUUCUUGUAGAAUAACUAAAAAUUUAAUCAUAUAAUUUGUCUUACUAAAUCAGUUAUGACUUAUCAUAGUCAUUAAAAUAAUUGCCCGAAAACGUAAUUUGGUGAUAUACUGAUAUCAAUUGAAUAUACUGUUAUAUAAUUCAUUAUACAUGUUGUAUUUUAUAUUGACCUAUUUCAAAUUGGUACUAUUCAGAUAAAAAAUGGUGCUUUGUAAAGGUCAUAAUGGUCACUUGGUGCCACGUAGCUUAGGACAGUUAGGACUUCGGUCACAAGCUGACUAAUGACCUGGACAACUCAAGUUGUCACUAAAUUUAAGCUUAUAUAUGACAUUUAUGUCAUAUUAUGCGCAUGUAAAUUUUGUUUCAUGAUAAGACCAUAUUUGAGGAAAGCUGUGCAGCAACAUCUAGUUGCAGCUGUCAAUAGCUACAAUGUUUUGGACCACUUUUGUGCGUCUUAUAACUUUAUUCCUUUGUCUAGAUAUGUCAGUAUGUACAUGUACAAUGAGCAUAAUAUUAAUAUUACUCUGUAAUGUACAAUGUGAUAAUUGAAAUUAUUCCAGUGACAAUAUCAAUUUAAGUUGGCAUUGGCAUUCAAAUGUGAUUGAAUUUGGCAUUUUGAUAUUACUAUUAUUUCUAUAUACCUACAAUAGAUUUGUAUUUUACUCAAAAUAGCACUACUUAUAUUUUUCUUUUAGAGCACAUUUUUAUUGUACUUAAUUGCCUCUCACCGAAUUUAUUAUUUACAUUUACAGUCACGAAUAAAGCCUUUUUAUUAAUUAAA